CCUUCUUCUUCUCGUCCAUUCGGGGGUCAUGUACAAAAUCGCAUAGCAACCUUCUGCCCUAAAAGUACGCCGUGUUUUAAUUAGACGGAUUUAUUUAGUAUCUCGGUUGAAGAGAUGAUGGGCGGUAAGACGAGUGCGAUAGCGGCUGGAGUCGGUGCGGCGCUUUUCGUAGGUUACUGUAUUUAUUUUGACCGAAAACGAAGAAGCGACCCGAACUUCAGGAGCAAGCUGAGAGACCGAAGGAGGAAGCAGAAAGUCGCACAAGAGAAAGCAGGACUGUCACGACUACCUGAUUUGAAGGACGCUGAAGCUGUCCAGAAGUUCUUCCUAGAAGAGAUUCAGCUGGGAGAAGAGCUGCUGGCGCAGGGAGACUAUGAGAAAGGAGUGGACCACCUGACCAAUGCUAUAGCAGUGUGUGGUCAGCCUCAGCAGCUGCUCCAGGUGUUGCAGCAGACUCUGCCUCCACCCGUCUUCCAGAUGCUGCUCACCAAACUGCCCACCAUCAGCCAGCGCAUCGUCAGUGCACAGAGCUUGAGCGACGACGACAUCGAAUAAGACGAGACCCUUUUUAAAGCCCUCAGUGACCCUUCCUCAGUGUGCAGCCUUCUCUCAGCAGUUUCAUUCCUCCAUGUUUAAAUACCCGUUUCUUUCUAUCCAUUGUGCAAAAUAGCCACCAAACUACCACUCGUAAGAAAAAUCUGAAAAGCCUGUAAAUUCUACCAUCAGAUGUUAAUGUCUUAGUGUUUUGGUAACAUUUAACUGUAUUUUAUCAGAUCCAGCGAUUUUGAGGUUUGUGCUGUCUGCACACUGCCUGUUUUUGAAUGUUGUAUAAACUGAUAAGAACGAA